AUUAUUUUUCUAAAACACUGGAUGACUAGGAUGGUUCAUUUGUGAAAGUUGCUGGAGUGCGCGGAGUCUCAGAUGGGGGAGACAUCUAGCACACAAUUUCGGCGCGGGCGGCCAUAGCACCACCGAAGAAGUUCACGGCUCCCUUCUUCUUCGCUUUUGACGCCAUCUCAGAAACAGAGCCACCACCUUCCGCAGGCAUAGCGCUAUUCUGCGGUCAAAUGUUUUGCUCACAGUACAGGGAACAGUUAGCACUAACCCUAACCAUAGCACGUCUUUGAAAUAGCCUUAUCUUAGCGCAGAAUCGGUAUAUUGUGCUGUGUAGCCACAUUGCGCACCAGAAUGUUAUCGUUAGCUUGCUAGCAGGCCAUGAUGAGCUUAAUCUUGCUUUGCUAGUAGCUAGCGUUAGCUCCGGCCCCCGGCGCGGUGCAGUUCAAGAGUUAGCAAGCUACAGAUGGCUAAAUCAUGUAGAAUGUCGAUUUCGGACUGACAGAUGUCCCAUACGGUUUCCAGAUAACAAUAUGAAGCGCAUAUUUUAAUGCGACCGUUUAAAACGGAUAACUAACGUUAGCAGCAAUGGAGACGUCCUCCGUGUACAUGUGUUUCCCCUGCUACCAGGAGUUCCCCUCCCUGGAGGAGGUGCUCGCCCACCAGCUCACCUGCAACGUCGAGGCUCCUGCCCACACACCAGCACAGGUGCCUCAGAGCAGCCAGGAGCACACUGAGGCUGAGGCUGAUGUGGAGGAGAGUGUGUGUGCGCUGACCCCAGACAUGGGCGGGUCUGAGCUGUGGAGUGAGGGGGCGGAGCAGAGGCGGGCGGGGGCGGGCGAUGCCCCCCGGAUUCUAUACCAAUGUGGCGACUGCGAGCUCCUUUUUGAUUCGCUGGGUCUCUGGCAGCAGCACCGCAAGCAGGGAGGCUGCCAGCAGGAGGCGCAAGAGCACUCAGAGACACCGCUGAUCGCACCCACACACACACACACAGAGGCUGGCAACCUGCAGCCCCCAGAAGAGGGGAUGGAGACAGAGGCGAGGCAGGGCGGGGCCUAUCCUAAUGACGGACAGGCAGAAGCAACCAAUGAGGCAUCGCUGGAGGCGGUGAGAGUGGAGACGCAGGUGUGUGUGAGCGAAACGUCAGACGGCCCUGCAGCCGCGCCCGCGUCCCCCCCUGACCCCCCCGUGAGACGUCGGAGCGGCGUGAAGCGAGUGAAGCCACCGUCCAGCCUGCUGUGCGUAGAGUGCGGUGCAGGCUUCUCGGCCAUCUCGGAGCUGGUGUCUCACCGCCGCAGUCAGCAUGGCCUGCAGGAGGCGCUACACCGCUGCACGGUGUGCGGAGAGGGCUUCCUCAACACCACGCUCUUCCUCUACCACCGCAAGCAGCACCCGCAGCCGCAUCCCGUCCACACUCUCGCGCACACACACACCUCGCUGCUUGGCCUCCAGCAGGACGUGCAGGUGGAGCUGCUGGAGGAGGAGUCUCAUGGACAGGGACUCCUGCUAUUGGCUGCAGCCGGGGAGGGGCAGAGUCUGGCCUCUUAUUUGGCCCUGCCCAGCAAACUGGAUAGCCCACACAUGCCCAUCGAGGUCCAGACCUCUCCCACUAACCCAGAAGCCACACCCACCGACGAUCCGGCCACUCCCACCAACCCAGAAACCACACCCACCAAUGGUCCGGCCACUGAUCCAGAAACCACAUCCGUUGAGGUCCAGACCACUCCCACUGAUCCAGAAGCCACACUGAUCAAUGUUCAGGCCACUCCUACUGAAAACCAAGCCAUUCUGGCCACAUCCCCUGAGAACCAGACCAAUGAGCUUGAGAAGGGGUCUCAGGAGGAAGGGGAGAGCCCAGACAAGAAACGUCUGAGGCAGGAGCAGGAAGUGGCGGCAGAGGGAGUGAGUGUGUGUGAGAUGACCGGCACGUCUCUGUGCCGCGUGUGUGGCUCCUCCUUCUCCAGCGAGGGGGCGCUGAAGAGGCAUGGUCAGGAGCGCCACGGCCACAAGGGGGCGCUUCAUGCCUGCGGAGUGUGUGGCCAAGAGUUCAUGAACACCACGCAGUACCUCUACCACCGCAAGCAGCACCGCAUUGACAUUGAUACACCCGCACAGCCAGCGCACGCCAACUGUCAGCCCGCAGUAGAGGAUUCCGGAGAGGCAGCCUGCGGUGACUUCUUGGUGGAGCUCCCUGAAGACCCUACAACGGUUCCACUGGUGUCUGUCGCCCUGGCGACAGAUGCCACCCUGAGCGAGCCCAUCCCCCCGCCCCCUGCCCAGCUGUCACGUGAUUGGUCGAGAGCAGCGCUACCCCACCGCUGUCCGCACUGUGGCCGCUCGUUCACGCGGCGGUCUCUACUCCGUGCCCACGUCAGCGGGCACACGGGCCAGAAGCUCUUCCGCUGCCACGUCUGUGCCAAGGCCUUCUCCAGCCCUGCCAACCUGCUGCGUCACACACACACGCACACACACACACACCAGCGCCCGCACCGCUGCCACAUCUGCACCAAGGACUUCAGCCAGCCCGCCACACUCAAGCGCCACAUGCUCACACACACGCGGCCAGGAGCCUACCGGAGGCGCCGCCUCACACACACACACACGCUCAGGACAGCCAUCCAGGACGGGGACGCCCAGGGACCACACCUUCACACCUGCCCAGACUGCCCUGCCAGCUUCAGGAUGAACACACAGCUGCAGAAACACAGACUCCUUCACACCAGUCAUCCAUUCUCCUGUGAGAUUUGCAGCGAAGCCUUCAAGCGCAGAAAGGACCUGGACCUGCACUCCCUCUCACACCAAGAGCCUAAGUCCUGCCCCCACUGUUCAGCUCAGUUCCUCAACCAGACGGUGCUUCAGGUGCACCUGCAGCGUUGCCCAGGCAACCAGGUGGAGACCAGGCCUGAGACUGAGGUGUCCGGUGGUCGGCGUGGGCGGGGCCAGGGGCGGGGUAAGGCGGGUGGGCAGCUGGAGUGUGAGAUGUGCGGACACCGCUGUGUGACGCAGGAGGGCCUAGAGCUGCACCGCCUCUCCCACACCGGCCAGACGCCGCUGCGCUGCCCCCUGCUGCCCUGCAGGCGGCGCUUUGCCACGGGGGCCGCGCUGGGCGAACACGUCCUGGCGCACUGCCAGGGUCGCCAGGGCAAGCAGCGGGCACCCAGCCGUUACCGAUGCCAACACUGCGCCAAGGAGUUUGCCUAUGCCUCCACUUUCGCUGUGCACAUGCGCAUUCACACCGACGAGAGGCCCUUUGAGUGCUCCACCUGUGGGAAGCGUUUCCGGCAGCUUCCUCACCUGCAGGACCACGAGCGGAUCCACAGUGGGCUGCGUCCGUUCGCCUGCUGGGUGUGCGGAAAGAGCUUCAGCGUGGCGGCGCGUCUGACGGAGCAUGCGCGCGUGCACAGCGGCGAGAAGCCCUACACCUGUCCCCGCUGCCCCACCGCCUUCCGCUCCCGAGCCAACCUCGACAAGCACCUGCACAUACACGCCGAUGAGCCGCAUGGGCCGGAGACCGAGGCACUUGGGGAAGGCGAGUCGGCCGUGCAGACCAUCCUGCUCGUCCACCAGGCGGCGCCUUCACCCCCGCACCCAGACAACCAGUUGGAGGUUCCAGAGGGGGCAGGCACCACGCUGAUCCUGCCCGCAGACCAGGCCUCCUCCUCGGGCAUGCUGGUGCCGGGGUCUCCCUCCUCCGUAGUCAUCCUGCACCCCACCAUCACCGUGCCCACUACUGCUGUGCCCAACAUCUCUGUCGUGGAGGGACAGGACGUCCCGCACACCAUAGAGUUCAUCAUCGAGGAAACCGUCUAGAGGAAAUCCCACACACCAUAGAGUUCAGCAUUGCGGAAACUGUCUAGAGGAAAUCCCACACACCAUAGAGUUCAGCAUUGCGGAAACUGUCUAGAGGAAAUCCCACAUACCAUAGAGUUUAUCACUGAGCAGAGCCAUAGAAGGAGGGAGGGAGAGAGGGAGGAGAGGGGAUAGAGAGAGGGAAGAGAAGAGGGGAUAGAGGGAAGAGGAGAUGGAGAAUGGGUGAUGGAUGGAAUGAGAAAGGAGAGGGUGCUGACUGCUGACAUAAAGAAGAUUUAGAAAUAGUGAAAAUAAAUUACAUGUCCAGACACACCUGUCUGUGUGUGUGUGAGAACGAGUGUGAAUAUAAGAUGUAGAAAAUGUGAAUAUAAUUAAGUUCAGAGACCUGUGUGUGUGUGGGUAUAUAAGGAGAGUGUGUGCAGGUUGCUAUUGAAGGAAGAUUGUGUGUGAAAAGGAUCAGCAGAGAGCAUCUAUUCUGUAUAUAUGUACACACCUGUGCUUAGGCGUGCUGAGGUGAUUUUUUUUAAUGUUGAUAUGACAGUUCAGUUUGAAUCCCAGCGACUGCCUGCUUGCUAAUGUGUUGUUGUUUAAUAAAGCAACUUUAUUACUAGCGCCA